AUGAAUCUUCUCGACCCUUACCUGAAGAUGUCGGAGGAACAAGACAAAUGUCUGUCCGAUGCCCCGAGCCCGAGCAUGUCCGAGGAUUCCGCGGGCUCUCCGUGCCCGUCCGGCUCCGGGUCCGAUACCGAGAACACGCGGCCGUCAGAGAACGCGCUUCUCCGAGUUGAAGCGGCUCUGGGCGACUUCAAGAAGGACGAGGACGAUAAGUUCCCCGCUUGCAUACGCGAUGCAGUGUCCCAGGUGCUCAAGGGCUACGACUGGACCUUGGUGCCGAUGCCAGUACGCGUGAAUGGAUCUACCAAGAACAAGCCUCACGUGAAGAGACCGAUGAAUGCCUUCAUGGUUUGGGCUCAGGCUGCACGGAGGAAGCUGGCCGACCAAUACCCGCACCUGCACAACGCAGAGCUCAGCAAAACCUUGGGCAAACUUUGGAGACUUCUUAAUGAAGGCGAGAAGCGGCCGUUUGUGGAGGAGGCUGAGCGGCUCCGCGUGCAGCACAAGAAGGAUCACCCCGAUUACAAGUACCAGCCAAGGCGGAGAAAGUCAGUGAAAAACGGGCAAAGCGAGACCGAGGACGGCAACGAGCAAACCCAUAUUUCUCCCAAUGCCAUCUUUAAAGCGUUGCAGCAGGCAGACUCUCCAGCCUCCAGUUUGGGAGAGGUGCACUCUCCUGGGGAGCACUCAGGUUCCCAAGGACCCCCUACUCCUCCCACUACUCCGAAAACUGAUGUCAGCUCAGGAAAGAUGGACCUAAAGCGGGAAGGGGGUCUAAGAUCCCUCACUGACGGCACCAGCCAGCGUCAACUGAACAUCGACUUCCGUGACGUGGACAUUGGCGAGUUGAGCAGCGACGUCAUCUCUCACAUCGAGACCUUCGACGUCAAUGAGUUCGACCAAUACCUCCCACCGAACGGCCACCCAGGUUCUGUCAGCGGGCCCGGUACACCAGUCGCCUACACUGGCAGCUACAGCAUCAGUGGUGGCGCUCCUGUCAGCCCGUCAACAGGGGCGGCCUGGUUGCCUAAAAGCCAGAACCAGCAAGGACAACAGCAGCAGCACACCCUCACCACCCUGGGGGGCAGCGGAGGCAGCGCCGGCUCUGAGGCAGGUCAAGCUCAGCACAGGACCCAGAUCAAGACGGAGCAGCUGAGCCCGAGCCACUUCAGUGAGCAGCAGGGCUCUCCGCAGCAUGUCACCUAUAGCCCCUUCAACCUGCAGCACUACAGCCCCACAUCAUACCCGGCCAUUUCCAGGGCGCAGCAGUACGACUUCACCGACCACCAGGGGGGCGCCCCAUCAUUCUACAGCCACGCGGGGGCCGGCCAGGGCUCAGGUCUCUACUCGACUUUCAGCUACAUGAGCAGCCCCAGCCAGAGGCCCAUGUACACUCCAAUUGCCGACAACUCGGGGGUGCCCUCCAUCCCCCAGAGCAGCCCCCAGCACUGGGAGCAGGCACCGGUAUACACUCAGCUCACAAGACCCUGA